AGCAGCUCAGUAAUGGGCGGAGUUAUAAGAAAGGUUAUGGACAGAGGAAGGGGAAGUGAGGGGGAGGAGCAGAGAGUGUGGAGAGAAGAGCGAGGAAUAAAGCUGAAUUGUAGCCUGCAGUCUGGCAUCUCUGUGUGGAUUCCUCUAGUUGUGCAACUCCUGCACUGGCUUAUCACACGUGGGAAACAGGGUCACUUCCAGCUCAGUCCCUCCCACAAGGAGCCAAUGGGAAUGUGGGAGGAAGCGAGUGACACAGGGAUGAAGGGGAAGAAGAAGGAUAAAAAUGAGGAGGAGGAGGAGCGGGGGAAGAAGGAGAGAAUGGUGAAUCUGACACUGGAGAUGAUCUAUCUGCUGACUGGAGAGGUUGCCAUAAGGACUCAUCAUGUUUCCAUCUAUUUUUCCUUGGACGAGUGGGACUAUAUAAAAGGAAACAAGGACCUUUACAGGGAAGGAAUGAAAGAGGAGCCUCAGCAGCUCCACCCACUGGCAACCUGUGAAUAUAAAGAUGAGAGCAAUGUUACAUCACAUGUGCAAGCAACAUUAUCCUGUAAUAAUGAUGAAACUAUCACAAUCCCUGACAUUUCUCCAGUGGAACAGCCCCCACCAGCCAAUUGGAUUAAGGAGGAAGUGGCUUCACGUGAAGAGGGAAACCAAUCAGAUUGCAGCAUUAAUCCACUUACAGAACAGAUACAAGAAACAGAUAUGCCUACUCCUAUCAUGGGAUGCAGCAUGUCAGCCAAUCAUAUAUUGGACAUUAUAAAAGAGGAAGCAGAUUCAUAUGAAAAAAGCAUCUUGUUACCUAAUUCUGAUUCACAUGCUGUCAAAGAGGAAGUGACUUCAUGUGAAGAGAGUAACCAAUCAUAUUACAGCAUUAAUCCACUUACUGAACAGAUACAGGGAACAGAUACACCUACUCCUAUAAUGGGAUACAGCCUGCUUAGCAGCCCUUUAAAAAUAAAGGGUAAUGAAUAUAAUGAUGAUGCCAUUGAGGGCCAUACAAAUUUUAUGCACAUUUUAGACUUUGAUGGACAUAAAAAAACCCAGAUAAUAAAGAAACAUGUUUUUUGUUCUGAUUGUGGGCAAUCUUUUGGCACUUCAUCAGAACUGACUGUCCAUCGACAACAAAACCACACAGGAGAGAAACCUUUUGUUUGUUCUGAAUGUGGGAAAUGUUUUAUUACACCAAAAGAACUUAGUGUCCAUCAGAGAACUCACACAGGAGAGAAACCUUAUUCUUGUUCUGAAUGUGAAAAGUGUUUCUCGAAUCGAUCGUGCCUCAUUGAUCAUCUUAGAACCCACACGGGAGAUAAACCUUAUUCCUGUUUUCAGUGUGGUAAAUGUUUUUCAAAUCGAGCUAACCGUAUUCGUCAUCAAAGGAUUCACACAGGGGAAAAACCAUUUGCUUGUUCUGAAUGUGAGAAAUGCUUUGCCAGUUCAACAGAACUUACUGUCCAUCGACGACGAAACCACACAGGGGAGAAACCUUAUUCUUGUUCCGAGUGUGGGAAAUGCUUUGCCACUACAUCACACCUUCGUGCCCACGGACGAGCUCACACGGGAGAGAAACCGUAUUCUUGCUUGGAGUGUGGGAAAUGCUUUGCUACUUCAUCAAACCUUCGUGCCCACGGAAGAGCUCACACAGGAGAGAAACCUUAUUCUUGCUCGGAGUGUGGGAAAUGUUUUUCAACGAGAUUAUCCCUUACUCGCCACGAAAGAACCCACAUGGGGAAAAAACAUUUUCUUAAUUCUAUUAAAACAGAAAAUAAUUUUCAUGUAACAAAUGUGAAUGUGGGCGGAGUUAUAAGAAAGGUUAUGGACAGAGGAAGGGGAAGUGAGGGGGAGGAGCAGAGAGUGUGGAGAGAAGAGCGAGGAAUAAAGCUGAAUUGUAGCCUGCAGUCUGGCAUCUCUGUGUGGAUUCCUCUAGUUGUGCAACUCCUGCACUGGCUUAUCACACGUGGGAAACAGGGUCACUUCCAGGUCAGUCCCUCCCACAAGGAGCCAAUGGGAAUGUGGGAGGAAGCGAGUGACACAGGGAUGAAGGGGAAGAAGAAGGAUAAAAAUGAGGAGGAGGAGCGGGGGAAGAAGGAGAGAAUGGUGAAUCUGACACUGGAGAUGAUCUAUCUGCUGACUGGAGAGCACUACAUCCCUAGGAAGAAGUCAGAUGAUGGGGGGGCCCUGCAUGCCCCUGGCUCCGUCAUACAGAAGGAAAAUAACAAGAAUGACAAGAAGAUCCUGGAACUCAUGUCCAACAUCAUCCAGCUGCUGACUGGAGAGGUUGCCAUAAGGACUGACCAUGUUUCCAUCUAUUUUUCCUUGGACGAGUGGGACUAUAUAAAAGGAAACAAGGACCUUUACAGGGAAGGGAUAAAGGCGGAGCCCCAGCAGCUCCACCCACUGGCAGCCUGUGGAUAUAAAGAUGAGAGCAAUGUUACAUCACAUGUGCAAGCAACAUUAUCCUGUAAUAAUGAUGGAAAUAUCACAAUCCCUGACAUUUCUCCAGUGGAACAGCCCCCACCAGCCAAUUGGAUUAAAGAGGAAGCAGCAUCAUGGGAAUGGGGAAACCAAUCAGAUUGCAGCAUUAAUCCAUUUACAGAACAGAUACAGGGAACUGAUACACCUACUCCUAUCAUGAGAUACAGCAUGUCAGCCAAUCAUAUAUUGGACAUUAUAAAAGAGGAAGCAGAUUCAUGUGAAAAAAGCAUCUUGUUACCUAAUUCUGAUUCACAUGCUGUCAAAGAGGAAGUGACUUCUUGUGAAGAGGGAAACCAAUCAGAUUACAGCAUUAAUCCAUUUACAGAACAGAUACAAGAAACAGAUAUGCCUACUCCUAUCAUGAGAUACAGCAUGUCAGCCAAUCAUAUAUUGGACGUUAUAAAAGAGGAAGCAGAUUCAUGUGAAAAAAGCAUCUUAUCUAAUUCUGAUUCACAUGCUGUCAACAGGGGAGUAACCUUAUGUGAAGAGAGUAACCAAUCAUAUUACAGUAUUAAUCCACUUACUGAACAGAUACAGGGAACAGAUACACCUACUCCUAUCAUGGGAUACAGCCUGGUUAGCAGCCCUUUAAAAAUAAAGGGUAAUGAAUAUAAUGAUGAUGAUGAUGCCAUUGAGGGCCAUAAACAUUUUAUGCACAUUUUAGACUUUGAUGGACAUAAAAAAAAACAGAAAAUAAAGAAACAUUUUUUUUGUUCAGAUUGUGGCAAAUCUUUUGGCACUUCAACAGAAGUUACUGUCCAUCGACGACGAAACCACACAGGAGAGAAACCUUUUGCUUGUUCUGAAUGCGGAAAAAGUUUUAUUACACCAAAAGAACUUACUGUCCAUCAGAGAACUCACACAGGAGAGAAACCAUUUUCUUGUUCUGAGUGUGGGAAAUGUUUUAUCACUUCAUCAGAACUUACUGUUCAUCAACGACGAAACCACACAGGGGAGAAACCCUUUGCUUGUUCUGAAUGUGGAAAAUCUUUUACUAGAUCAAAAGAACUUACUGCCCAUCAGAGAACUCACACAGGAGAGAAACCUUAUUCUUGUUCUGAGUGUGAAAAGUGUUUCUCGAAUCGAUCGUGCCUCGUUGAUCAUCUUAGAACCCACACGGGAGAUAAACCUUAUUCCUGUUUUCAGUGUGGUAAAUGUUUUUCAAGUCGAGCUAACCGUAUUCGUCAUCAGAGGACUCACACAGGGGAAAAACCAUUUGCUUGUUCUGAAUGCGAGAAAUGCUUUGCCAGUUCAACAGAACUUACAGUCCAUCGACGACUAAAACACACAUUGGAGAAACCUUAUUCUUGUUCCGAGUGUGGGAAAUGUUUUGCCACUUCAUCACACCUUCGUGUCCAUGGGCGAGCUCACACGGGAGAGAAACCUUAAAUGUUUUUUUAACGAGAUUAUCCCUUAAUCGUCAUAAAAUAACCCACAUGGGGAGGAACCAUUUUCUUUAUUCUAUUAAAACAGAAAAUGAUUUUCAUGUAACAGUAAUUUAAAAAUACUGUUUUAAAUUCACACAGAAGGAAAACCAUAAGUUUGUUUUAACAUAUGAACCAAACAUGUAUCUCAAUAUGCAUAUUCCAAUAUUUUCAAACUUCAUCAGAUGUUCAUCGAUGACAAACCCACACAGAGAAGAAACCAUUUAAUUGUUUUGCAUGUAGGAAAUGUGUUACAAAUCAGGCCUCAGCCAAACAUUUCUUAUACAAUGAUUAGAUCUUAAUAUGUACUUCAGUAUUUAUAGAGGAGAACAACUUUAUGUACAAUAUCAUUUAUCUUUAGGACAAUCCUUUUAUUAAUACUUUGCAGCUGACGUGUCUAAGGAGACACUGGGAUAUAUCGCUGCUUGUCACCAACAGAUACUAUUCUGGAUUUUAUUGAACAACAAGUCCUAUUCCAAGGGAUACAAGACUCCCAGGAUAUCACUUUGGCAGAUGUUUUUCCCUAACACUUUCACAGAGGAUAAAAUAAUGGAGAUGUACCCAACUGGGAUAUGUUAUAUGUUUUUACUAUAACUUAAAAGGGGGUGUAAUACUUAAAUAUGUUUUAGGUAAAAGCCCCUUCUGAAGCAUCUCUAAUUUACCUUAGAUGAGGAAAAAAAUCCUCCCUGACUCUAAAGCUAGCCAUAGAUGCAAAGAUCCGAUCGUACGAAUCAUGGUACGAUUGGACUUUCCCAUCUCCCGACCCGCCACUAACCAUUCAGAUCAAAGUCUUACCAGUUAGAUUAGUUAAAGAACAGAUCAGCAAUGUUCUGCCCCUGACAGCAAUCGUACGAUAUCUAUGUCCAACCAAAGCUGCUGACAGUCUCCCACUGAAAAUCGUACGAUCGGCAAUACACGCAGAGAUAUUAUCGGCAGCCGACAGAAAUUUUCUAACCCAUCUGAUCGACCAAACGACCGAUCUCCACCGGAUGAAAAAUGUCAGGACUCUCCACACACGGUCCGAAAAUCGUACGAAUCCUCGAUUUGUACGAUCAGAUCUUUGCGUCUAUGGCCAUCUUAAGAUUGAACGAAUCACCAGAUCAACUUUGUAAUGAGCUAUUUUCAAUAAAACUUUAUUUUCUUGCUUUCUAAAAA